GUCAUCACAGAUGAGAUGUGGAUUGCCAACUCACUGUAUUGGUUUUGCAUGGAGGGUCAGCGUUGGAAAACGCAGUGGAAUGCAGUUUCUGAGAUGACACGGUGCCAUAACGUUGUGGGGAUCUGUGUUAAAUUAAUGUCAAAAUGUAUUACUUCCAGCUCGUAUACAGCUUACACCGAAUGGCCGACUUAACGCUCUGCUAAUGUUCCAGUGUCUGCUGUCAAAAAAAACAUAUCAAUGUCAAUAUGAGGUACAAAAUGUAGGUAAAUGUAUAAGAGAAGAAGAGAGGGAGAUGGAUGGACAUGUAUAGCGAUGUUCUAGUCUUCUGACCACUCACAACUCCUCAGUUUGACUGCAGUAAUGUAAACACUACCUUUUAUAGUUUGUCAAAGUCCAAAAACCCAUAACCCCCUCAUCAAAAUCCACAUUGUGGGUCACGCUGACGCCCGGCGAUGUCAGUCUCUGCUGCUUUUCAGCAUCACACACUCGAUACUGUCUCUCUCUCCUUCUUGUCAUUUUAAUCCAGCGACGAUGGCUACUCCAAAGUGAGAAUGUUCUGUUUUUUAUCUUUUUGUAAAUUCAAUAUUUCAGUUUUUUUUGUCAACCGGCAUUUUGAAGACAUCACAUUAUCCAGACUCUAUAUUAUUAAUGAAUGAUAAAAUAAUUUAAAGUUCUGAAAACAUCAGAACUUUACCUUUUAACUGAGAAUUUACUGGCACAUGUUGGGAUAAUGAUAAUAGUAAUUACAGUGCAAAUGGGGAAAUGAAGAGAAUAACUCUGAGCUUUGAGUUCUGGUAUCGUGGUGUGAAAAGUAAACAAUUAAUGGCACUAAUGAUGGAAAACCUCAUUAGAUGAACGAAGUUUGACAGUGACAGAGACUCACAAACAAAUAAUAACAAAUAAUUAUUAGUUUGUUCUGAAAAGGAUUUGGCACACUGAUGGGUUGUUUUGUUUCUGCCUACUGGGAGAGAACUGUUUUUCUAGUUGCUGCUCCCAUAAUUCAAAAGAAGCUACCUUUUUGAUAUUUAAAAGCAACAACAAAAAACUAUUUUAUUUUUUCACGAUUUUGUAUUUGAGCUUUUUCUAGCCUCCUGCCGACUUCUAGCUCCUGAAGUUUGAACCCCGUCAGAAUGAAGUCAUAACUCUUUAUGAUCUCCAGAUGGCCAGCACGAAUGUACCACAUGGCAUUGGCCUUUCUAUCAUAUCACCGCCCACUCAGUGUGUGUGAUGGAGUAGGCGGAGCAGUAGGCGGCACAGUGUUGUUAAAACCUUCACUUUUAACCAGACUCCAGAAAGUGUUUACAUACUAUGGCCAUGAGAGAAAAUUAUGAUGUACCAGAUAUCAAAACAUUGAAACUUUGAGUACACAUAUUUUUUUUAAUGCGAGUUAAAGCAGUUCUGUCUUUCAAUUCUUAUUUCUCAAUAAUAAUAAAAAACAUUUAAACUCUUAGUUUUAAUGUCUUGAUGUGAUGAUAUUCAAGUCUCAUAAUUGCCAAUGUUACUUACAACACACGAGAGUCCAGAUUGCAUUGAACAGACAGACAGACAGACAGACACACACACACACUAACACGCGUUAUUGUCCAGAACGUUUAAAAAAAAAAAAGUGCAAAAAGUCAGGAAUGCAAAUUGCCGCGUUAAAACCAGACGGUGCUGAGUGCAGAGGGAGGCGUGCGAAGGCUUCUGUGACACUGAUGUUAAUCCCUUCCCUCUGGACUCCAUGCCACCUGCAGUACUGUAGCUCAUUAUUCAGCCAGGAGACACUGGUAUGAAAUGUCCCCAAUGUAAUUUAAAACAAUAUUCCAAUAUAUAAGUUUGUCUGAGAUCAAAGUAAUCUCGUCAGAAAUUAAUGAAUUGUUUUUCUAUGUCAGUUAAAUCGCUGAUCAUAUUCAAAGAGAUGGUUCAACUCCUUGGAAUAUAAUGUCAUUCGCUCUUAUACCAAGAGUGUCUGUCUAUUAAAUAUUAAUCUGCUGCUUCAUAUCAAACCACAUUGAGUUGGUUUUACACUUCAAGUCUUUAUGCUGAGCGAAGCUAACUGUCUGCAUCGCUGUUCUCAUCUAUCGCUUAAAAAAAGCUUUACAUAGUAUGAACUAAAUCUAGAUGAAUAACAAAUGUAAUAAAUUGUCAAUUCAGUUUAUUUGUAUAGCCCAAUUUCACAAAUUACAAAUUUCUUUCAGAGUGCUUUACAAUCUGUACACAUAGACAUCCCUGCCCCAAAACCUCACAUCGGACCAGGAAAAACUCCCAAAUAACCCUUCAGGGGGGAAAAAAGGGAAGAAACCUUCAGGAGAGCAACAGAGGAGGAUCCCUCUCCAGGAUGGACAGAUGCAAUAGAUGUCAUGUGUACAGAAGGACAGAUUUAGAGUUAAAACACAUUGAGAGGCAAAGCAUACUGUCAUUUAUAUUUUUGAACCAGCCGUUUUUAAAAUGUGUCUAAUUCACUAUGCAGAUUUAAAAAAAAAUAGUUUGAACCUUGAUGCAUUACCAACCUUGGUUUCUAGUUUUUUAUGACUUGGAUAUUUUGGAUGAGGACUGUAAAUACUUGAGUCUCCUCAGCGAAUCACAGCCCUCUCACAGAAGUGCAGGCUGCCAUGGAAACAGCCCGGUGCCUGUUUGAUGCUUUUGGAGGACUUCAAAGAGCCCGUGCUUGGUUGCUUUAACCCACAAAGAGCAACAUGGAGUAACAAACAGGAACAUGUGUGGAAUUGCUAGGCGUCUACAAUUUCUCAUCACUGUGGUGAAACAUUAUGACCAGCCGUGUGCGUGUGUGUGUGUGUGUGUGUGUCCUCUGGAACAGCACUUCAUCCUUGAUUACUGAUCUCGGUGACUAAGUUGUUCACUUGCCUUGACAUCAGACUCAAUUUACACUCCGAUAGUAACACCAAUUUCACCCACAGGCAUGAAGAGGAAGACGACUUUUUUGAUCCUCUUUUUCAGGGACGUCUGGUGCACAUUUGAGGAGGCAGUUCACCCACAAUGCAAUUAAUCCCAUUCCAUUUAUUUAUUUAUUUCAAACCAUCUCAAGCACCAAAGCAAAUCAAUACAGAAGGUGUUGAUUUACAUGUUGGGGUCCAUAAGAAGUGUCACAGUGGAUGCACAAAUACCCAACAGCAGCAGCAUAUGCUGCAUCGCUGCACGUCAGCUGCACACAGACAAUGUGGAGCAUCGCAAACAAGCUUGUGAAUAUGCAAAUCAAGAGACGCAGCAGCAGCGGUGCUUUGUCCCUCCUCAUUCCGAACCCUGCUGAGCACACACAGGCGCGGCAACAACAUGAACUGAAGCACCUGCAGCAUGUUUCAGCGUCGUCCGUUUGUAGUUUCGAAGGUGUUCGUAUGCUGGAUGGUGAGGUGACUGACAUGGUGGAGGCCCAGUCCCUCAGUCUGAAUCCCCAACACAUCGACGUCUACAGCGCCAGCUGGGGCCCAGAGGACGACGGGAAGACUGUGGACGGACCUGCAAAACUCGCCAAAGAAGCCUUUCUGCGUGGAGUGACGGAGGGUCGUAGUGGUUUGGGCUCCAUCUUUGUGUGGGCUUCUGGGAACGGAGGGAGGGAGAAGGACAGCUGUAACUGCGACGGCUACACCAACAGCAUCUACACCCUGUCUAUUAGCAGCUCCACCCAGAACGGCAACGUGCCCUGGUACAGCGAGGCUUGCUCCUCCACCCUCGCCACCACCUACAGCUCGGGGAACCUCAAUGAGAAGCAGAUCGUGACUACAGACCUCAAAUCAAAAUGCACAGACUCCCACACGGGCACAUCUGCCUCCGCCCCGCUGGCUGCUGGGAUCAUCGCUCUUGCCCUUGAGGCCAAUACAAAUCUGACCUGGAGGGAUAUGCAACAUCUGGUCGUACGAACCUCUCACCCUGCCCACCUGCUCACCAACGACUGGAGAACAAAUGGAGUUGGACGCAAAGUGAGCCAUUCCUAUGGAUACGGUCUACUUGAUGCCAGUGCAAUUGUGCAGCUGGCAGAAACAUGGACCAGUGUGAGGCCACAACGGAAAUGUGUCAUCACCAUGGUCAGUGAGCCAAGGAACAUCGGCAGCCAUCUGUCCAUCAACGUGAGCGUGGACGGCUGCAUCGGGACGGACAGUCACGUGACGGCGUUGGAGCACGUUCAGGCCCGGCUCACUCUGUCCUACAACCGCCGGGGAAAUCUGGCGAUCCACCUCAUUAGUCCCGCCGGCACACGCUCCACUCUGCUCCACCCCAGGCCUCACGACUACUCAUCAGAGGGUUUUAACGACUGGGCUUUCAUGACCACCCAUUCCUGGGAUGAAAACCCCAGCGGGGCGUGGACGCUGGAGAUCGAGAACGUGGCUGGUGCCAGCGACUACGGCACUUUGACCCAGUUCAUCCUGGUGCUGUAUGGGACCGGCUCGGCGUCUUCCAGCUCCUCUGACGAAGCUCAGUCUGAAAAUGGAAACUGUAAGACCUUGAACCUGAGGCAGAUAUGCAUCGAGUGCGACUCCGGCUACUCCCUCUUUCAGCAGGGCUGUGUGAAAGAAUGUCCUGCGAGCUUCUCCCUGGGCUCCCAGCCCGUCAACUACACAAGAGGAAACUCUAUAUCACCGGUCACCGUCCCGGCCUGCCUGCCCUGCCCACCGCCCUGCCUGACCUGCAGCAGCCUCAGCCCUCGGGCCUGCCUGUCCUGCCCCCCUCACAGCUCCCUGGACCCCUUCUCUGGCACCUGUCUGCACCUCAACCAGUACAUGCGCGAAUCCCAUGACAAUUUCCUGGUGGGCCAGGGGAGCUCGGUGACGGCGGUCCAGCUCAGCUCCCGGCUGCCCAUCACCAUCGCCGUGCUCAGCUGCAUGGCCAUCAUCGCCACCUUCGCCGGCACCUUCCUGCUGCUGCAGCUGCGCUCCGGCGCGCUCAUCAAGCUGCCCUCUCUGGAGGCCGGCGGCGGCCUCAGGGGCGGCUUCAGCCUGGGGGGAAACAGGGUGGUCUCGUACCACGGCAUCCCGACAAUGUGGGGGGACGACGGGGUAAAUACUGACUCUGAUAACGAAGAGUUUGACGUCCACAAUGAGAGGACUGCCUUUAUCAAAACACAAAGUGCUAUUUAAUGCCUCCCCGACAUCCCUCCUUCUCUUCUGCUUUUAAAGUCUUCUCACCUUAAUCUGUCUGACGAUUCAGAGCCGUGGUAACGACCUUCAUGCAGUCUUCUUCUGGUGUUAUCCGUCAUCUCCUCUUUCCCGUCUCUUGCUGGGUUCUCCUCUGAGGACCUGCGGUGGGAGACCUGAAGCCGGCGUCUCUCGGACCUCGGGAUGGUCCGAGCGUCGCUCUGUUGGUACUUGUGCGCUUCUCUCUAUCAAACCGUCUCUCUUCUCCCGCCUCUUGCCCUCGGUGACAAACGGUGUGUCUGUGCUUCGUCCAUCUGACUCUCCAGUUCCUUCCCGUCCCCGGGAAGCAAAUGAAUCUCAUCCUCUCUUGUUUCUCUCCUUCCAUCAGUCUCCGUGCAGUAGCCAGAAGAGGUGUGUGUGUGUGUGUGUGUGUGUGUGUGUGUGUGUGUGUGUGUGUGUGUGUGUGUGUGUGUGUG